GCACCAUUGGCUACCUCCUCUUUAUGCUUCACCUUAACGCCUGCAUCUACUACGUGGCCUCCGACUAUCAGGGCAUCGGGCAAACUAAAUGGGUCUAUUCAGGGCUGGGGAGCGCAUGAGAGAUGUCAUCGGUGCGGCCACAGCUGGACAAACUUACUUCCGAUCCUCCAUGGACAACACUGUAGCUUACAUGGUGACCAACAACAUUCCUUCGUUGGUGCAGAACAGAGUCCGUACCUGGUACACCUACACGUGGGAUGCCCAGGGCAUGCUGGAUGAGUCUGAGUUGCUGGAUAAAAUGCCCCUGGUGAUGAGAACUGCCAUUGCUGUGGACAUCAAUUUGACAACAUUCCAGAAGAUUGAUCUUUUUAAGGGCUGUGACCAGCAGAUGUUGGUGGACAUGCUGCUGAGGCUAAAGUCCAUCAUCUAUCUGCCAGGAGAUUUUGUUGUGAAAAAAGGUGACAUUGGGAAAGAAAUGUAUAUCAUCAAAGGUGGAGCGGUGCAGGUGGUGGGAGGACCUGACAACAGCAUUGUGUUUGUCACACUAAAGGCCGGAUGUGUGUUUGGAGAAAUCAGUUUGUUACAGUCUUCAAAAGAUGGGGGCAAUAGACGAACGGCUAACGUCAAAGCCUAUGGAUUUGCUAACCUUUUUGUCCUGGAAAAGAAAGACCUGUUUGACAUUUUGGUCCACUACCCAGAGUCUCAGAAGGUUCUGGCCAGGAAGGGCAGGAAACUAAUGAAGGCCAAGGGCCCAGCAGCAGCUAAAGCAGCAGAGGAGAAGAAGAAAGGAUUGGCUCUGUUUGCACCCAAACCACCAACACCUAAACUGCUACGAGCUUUUGGAGGAACCGUUAACAAACACAUGCUUGAUAAAAUGAAGUCUACUUCUAACAAAUGAGAAUCCUCAGAAUCUUGCAUGUAUUUUUAAUAACUCCAUUUUGGGAGUAAAGUUUACUUUUUUCAGCCUAUUGCUGUUCUUUUGUACUAUGUUUUUUUUCUAUUAUAUCUUAGCUGGACAGAUUUAAACAUAUAUACUUUGAAGCCCUAGAGAACACUAUCAGGGUUAAAUUGAGAAUGUGUGUUUCAACAAUAGUAGAAGUAAUGAACUAAAUUAAAUCUAAAGGACCUUUUAACCCCUUGAUUAAAAUAAGGUAAAAUGAAAAUAUAUAACAGUAUAUUUAUUUUCAAUUAUUGUGAGGCUGUGUACACUAUUCAGUAUAUGAACAAGUUCUGCUGCAUAUAGUGAAUACUGGAAAAUAAAUCACAAUUUAUUGGCUGUUAUUUCAGUUUAAAAUGACUUAAUAGUUGUACACAUUAAACCCAACUUUUGCAGUUAUGAAAACCUGUGAUAUUUAUACUUACUUAUAUUUCUAU